AUGGCGGCAGCUCCGCCGCUCUCCAAGGCCGAGUAUCUGAAGCGUUACUUGUCUGGGGCAGGUGCCGGCGUCGACGGGGGCUCUGACUCCGGUCGCAAGCGUCGCAGAAAGCGGCCGAAGGCCGGCGGGGUCGGCGGGAAGGGAAUGCGGAUUGUGGAUGAUGAUGUGAGCUGGACAUCUAUUUCCACCACUAAACCGGAAAAGGAGGAAGAAGAUGAUGAUGGAGAUUUGCCUGUGGUGGCUGAGUUUGUGGAUGAGCGGCCGGAAGAGGUAAAGCAGAUGGAAGCCUUUCGUUCCAGUGCCAAAUGGAAGCUUCUGGGAGGCCACAGUGAAGAUCUGCCCUCACACAGACACUUCCGUCAUGACUCCCCGGAUUCAUCUCCCCCCAGGAGGGUCCGACACGACACCCCAGAUUCAUCGCCCCCCAGGAGGGUCCGUCACGACACCCCGGAUUCAUCUCCCCCCAGGAGGGUCCGUCACGACACCCCGGAUUCAUCUCCUCCGAGGAGGGUCCGUCACGACACCCCGGAUUCAUCUCCCCCCAGGAGGGUCCGUCACGACACCCCGGAUUCCUUUCCCCCCAGGAGGGUCCGUCAUGACACCCCGGAUUCAUCUCCUCCCAGGAGGCCUCAUCGUCACUCUUCAAGUGUUGACAGUCGGAAAGCCUCAGAUUCAGAUCUUUCUCCUCCUCGACAUAAGCAAAGUUCAGGGCACAAGGAUUCUGAUUCAGAUCUGUCACCUCCCCGAAGUAGACGUACACAUCGGACCUCUGAUUCUGACCUGUCUCCACCGCGGAGGAAACAGAGGGUCAAAUCUUCUGAUUCUGAUCUGUCUCCACCUCGAAGGAGUCAGCCUUUAGGAAAGAAGGCUGCACACAUGUAUUCUGGGGCUAAAACUGGGUUGGUGUUAACUGACAUACAGCGAGAACAGCAGGAGCUCAAGAAACGGGACCAAGAAGCCCUGGCGUUUGAAGCUGAAUUCCAGUAUGCUGAAACCGUAUUUCGAGAUAAAUCUGGUCGUAAGAGGAAUUUGAAACUGGAACGUUUAGAGCAAAGGAGAAAAGCAGAGAAGGACUUGGAGAGAGAUGAGCUGUACGCUCAGUGGGGCAAAGGGCUAGCCCAGAGCCGGCAGCAGCAACAAAAUGUGGAGGAUGCAGUGAAGGAAAUGCAGAAGCCUCUGGCCCGCUAUAUUGAUGACGAAGAUCUGGAUCGGAUGCUGAGAGAACAGGAACGAGAGGGGGACCCCAUGGCCAACUUUAUCAAGAAGAAUAAAGCCAAGGAGAACAAGAAUAAGAAAGAGAGACCUCGCUACAGUGGUCCUGCACCUCCUCCCAACAGAUUCAAUAUCUGGCCUGGAUAUCGCUGGGAUGGAGUGGACAGAUCCAAUGGAUUUGAGCAGAAGCGCUUUGCCAGGCUUGCCAGCAAGAAGGCGGUGGAGGAACUUGCCUACAAGUGGAGUGUUGAGGAUAUGUAACUUUUCUGAGGCUGUGGGGUGGCUGUGGGUUGUGGUAGUGGACAUAGGGCAGCCAGACAUCCAGCUGUAACAGUUGUCUGCUAAUAAUCAGGGUCCACACAGACCAGCAACUUGAAUGCCAGUUUUGACUACGGAAGAAUAUUUUGAGACCUGAUGUUUGGACUGAGGCACCUGGACUUCUUAGGUGUGCCAACACUGGCUAUUGCUGGCCGUCAGAGGAGGCGUUGAUUUUUCAGUGUCCCAGGGUUUGUUCUUGGUUAGGGUUUUUCUUUUUUAAUAAACAUGCAUUUAUUUUUUCAAAA